ACGCAUGCGCCAAUUGACAGACGCAAGGUUGUGCUGUUAAGUGACUAUCUUGGCAGAAGGCGGCACGUUUCUCUGCUGCAGAAUAAUUGUUAGAAAGGCAGAAGCAUGGGUUCCGUUAGACUUCCAAGACAAUGCUUUCUUUGGGGCAUGUCGGUUAUUUAUUUAUUUGCAUUCUCCUCCCUAUAUGUGCAGAUUCCGGGUCUCUAUGGUAAUGAUGGGAUACUGCCUGCUAGGAGGAUGUUGAAAUAUAUGGGAAAACCACUACUUGAGCAGUUGUGGGACUCUCCUACUUUUCUGUGGAUGGGGCCCAAGUUGGGCCUGGACACCCAACAGGGUAUGGAACUAAUUUGCCUUCUGGGAAUCAUCCUGUCAUUUGGUGCUAUGGUAUUUGAAAUACUGAGAGACAGCCUGGUUUUCUUCUUUCUUUGGACGCUGUAUCUUUCUGUUUACCAGGUUGGACAAGUCUUUCUCUACUUUCAGUGGGAUAGCCUGCUGCUAGAGACUGGAUUUCUGACUGCUUUGGUUGCGCCUUUACAUCUUUUCAAAUGGAAAUCGGUUCCAACCAAACACCAUGAUGGCAUCACCUUCUGGCUUGUUCGCUGGCUUCUGUUUCGACUUAUGUUUGCAUCAGGAGUAGUAAAACUCACUAGUCGUUGUCCAACUUGGUGGAGCCUUACAGCUUUGACAUACCAUUAUGAAACCCAGUGUAUCCCAACUCCUGUUGCCUGGUUUGCCCAUCAGCUCCCUGACUGGUUUCAGAAACUGAGUGUUGCUGGCACUUACGUCAUAGAAAUUGCUGUCCCCUUUUUAUUCUUUAUACCUCUUCGUCGUCUGCAGUUGUUCUCGUUUUACUUGCAGGUUUUGCUUCAGUUGCUUAUUAUAUUGACGGGAAAUUACAACUUCUUUAACCUGCUCACAAUUGUAUUAAGUCUGCCAUUGCUGGAUGAUUUUCAUGUUUACUUCUGGACUGGACAAAGCAAAAAGAAAAAAUCUGAAAGAUGGACACUAAUGUCAUGGAUUGCAAUUGUAAUUGAACUUGCAGUGUAUGGUGUACUUGUAUACUUCACUAUACUGUACUUUGAACUUGGAAUAAAUUGGGAACAGAAAGCUAUAAUGUCUUCUGUUGGAUUUACUUAUCACGAAUUUAACAGGUGGCUGAAAACGGCAACAAUUUGCAGUAUUUGGAUUGGCGUUCUCUCUCUAACCUGGGAAAUUAUAGCUGCUAUGUUCAAUUGUGCAUGUGUAAGAGGAUUCUUCUGGAAAAUGUGGGCCACUGUCCAGUGGGCUGUUUUUGCUGUUGCAGCUGCUAGCAUGUUCACAGUUAGCUUGGUUCCAUUUACCUACAUUGAAUAUGAUGCCAAUAGCAGACUUUGGCCAGCAGUAAGGAAAAUGUAUGAAGCUGUGGAUCGCUACCAGUUGGUGAAUUCAUAUGGUCUUUUCAGGACAAUGACUGGCGUUGGUGGUCGACCAGAAGUAAUACUGGAAGGCAGUUAUGAUAAGGAAACAUGGACAGAAAUUGACUUCAUGUAUAAGCCUGGAAAUGUAAGCAUUACUCCUCCAAUAGUUGUCCCUCAUCAACCGCGUCUUGAUUGGCAAAUGUGGUUUGCUGCACUUGGCCCUCACACACGAAGUCCCUGGUUUUGUAGUCUUGUCCAGAGGCUCCUACAAGGAAAGAAGGAUGUCAUUGAGUUGAUACAAGCAGAUGGCAUCCAGUAUCCCUUCAGUAAGAGUCCACCAACAUUCAUCCGAGCCAAGCUUUAUAAGUAUUGGUAUACACUAGUAAAUAAGGAUGGGUCACUUCCUCAGAACUGGUGGAGAAGACAGUUUGUUGAAGAGUUUUUCCCAACUGUGUUCUUGGGGGAUCCCAAUUUUGAAUCUAUGCUUAGUCACUAUGGUCUUAAGGAUCGAGUAUCCACAAAACGAAUUUCAGAUGCAUUUCUUCCUACUAUUCUGAGGACUCUUCGUGAACAUGUUCGAACUCUGACUGGACCCCAGUUUGUAUGGUCUCUCUUCUGCUCUGGAGCUGCAAUAUGUCUUCUGAAAGGUUUUUUCAGUGGCACCCACAGCAAUAAACCUAAACCUAUCUUUGAGACAAAGAAAAGUAAAGGAAAGGAUACAGGAUCUGGCAUGGCAAAGAAUGAGCAAGUUAAGAAAAAAGCAGAUAGAUCCCAGGAGAGUUUAGAAGCGAAACAACCAGAAAAUGCGGAGGGUGGAUUUGCCGAUUCCGAUAAAAGUACUAAAAAACGGAAAUAGUCCCAAUAUUUGUGGCUUUGUCCCAGGUUUUACGAUUUGUUAUAUUCAGAUUUCAGACAGAUGCCAGUAAUGUGCCAACAGACUCCCCCUUUUUUUUUGUUUUGUUAAAUGUAUUAAUUUUGUCAUUUUCAUUUUAUUGGCCAUUAACUAACAUUUCUGUUUACCAAAAUGAAUGUUAAAUAUCCUGCACACACCAGAGUUUGCUGAUUUAGUGGUCUGUCUUCCUCUUUCCAAGUCUUAACUGAAUAAUAACUCUUUUGAUUACCAAAGCAAAUAAUUUUUUUGCUCAGGACUAUAAAAAUGAAACAGUUGUCUUUUUUGUAUACUGUAUCUAUGACAAUGCAAUCCUGAAAUAUUGAAAAUUGUUUUAAAAAAUGGUUUUUAAUAUUAAGUAUGGUAUGCUGUUUUUUUAAUGUUUUCCUCUAUAUCUUGCUUUGUUGAAUACAGUAGCAUCAUAUUUUAUCAUUCAUUUUAAACCAUUUUAUCAUUGUCAUCCUUUUCUGAUACAGUGAUAUUUAUUACAGAUGUUGAUUUAGCACUUGCUGCUACAAAUAUAUAUAUAUAUAUAUAUAUAUAUAUAUAUAUAUAUAUAUAUAUAUAUAUAUAUAUAUAUAUAUAUCUACUAUGUGCAGGAUUAGAUGUUUACUGUAACCUUAACCUCCCAUAAAAAUGAUUUCAUAAAAAUAGCUUCAUUAUAUUAUUCUUUAAAAAUCUACAAAUUUAGUAUCUCUUAUGCAUUGUGACUAAAUAAAUAAAUGAAUGAAUGAUCAUAAUACCAUCAUGUAUAACAUAGAAACAUCUGCUUUUCAGGGAAAAAAUGCUUGUUGUAUUGUAGUUUAUUCCUUCUAUAUUUUUGUUACUGUACUUUUGUAAUUUUACACUUGAUUGUUAAAAAUGUUUAGUCAUAUACACAGUAUCUUCUUAAAUUGAUAAUCCUAAAGCUUCACUGCAUUUUGCUAAAAUAUGGCCUACUAAUAUUUUGAAAAGAGGGAGAGAUAAUAUGUGAGUCAAUGAAAAUAUUCCUCAUCAAAAGAAACCUUUUUAUGUAGGUGUUAUUUUUUUUUAGUACAUUUUUACAUCAUUAGUCUUCUCAAUUAAAUUAUAAACAUAAUCAAAAACUAAGUAUCUGCAAGCUUGAAGCAAUCUUUUGUAGCCACUGGAAUCAAGUGUGAUCAAACCCUUCCUGUUAUAGACUUCUCUGUCUAUCGAGUGACCCACACUGCUAGUGAUGUGCCAUUUUUCUAAGAAACGGGAUAAUAGAGGAUUUUACAAAACAAAAUUUAGCUUAUGUCCUAGGGGCUGUUUAAAGCAUUGACUUCUGCUCAAGAUUAUAAGAUACUGUUUUGCAUUAAAGCUUUUUUCCCCCUCCCCGUUUAUACUUUUGAGACAUUGUAAGUUUUAGGACUUGAGCGUCUAGUUCACUAUACACAGUGCUGUUUUUCCAUAUGUGAUUUCCAUGUGCUUAAUGCAAAGAAAAAUAAUUCCACAAGUAAAAGUAUUCCUCUUAUUCGAAUGUUGCUGAUUUUUUAUAUUCCAUACAAGUUAUGUAUUUCUUAUUUUUCCAUACACUUUUACUAAUCUAAGAGGUGUCUGUGUGUUUCCACUGUGUCUUUUUAUCUGCAGUAAUGUACCUGGUUCUUAAUAUAAUCUUGAUUGUGAGAGAACAAAAGGUUCUUGUAGCCUUUCUGUGGUCUUUUUGAAAAACAUCAUUGACCUCAACUUUACCAGAGAAGGCUUAUACCUGUUUUGUGUCUGCAGGUUUUGCCCCCAUUUCAUGAUGUAUUUGGUUAUCUUUUUGAUUUUUGGUGUAAUUACUGGUGUAUUGUCAUGUUCCAGGUAAUGUAUAAAAUGAGCUGAAAUGUCUUUUAAGCCAAACCUUCAAUUAUGAAUAUCUGGAUUGCAAGAAGUUGUGAACAAAUUAUUAUACUGUAGUUUCAUGUUAUGAAAAGUGUAUAAAUUCAGUGGGUUCUAUGCAAUAUGACUGUAAUAUUUAACGUUUUUGAUUUGAAAACCAAAGUAUGGAUAAGAUGUAUAUUUGUAAUAAAUUCUUCAAUAUGCUUA